UGCGAUUCAGUAGCUACUCGAUUCUUGCCAAGUGCGGUCGUUUUUCCGUGCGCUAAGAGAUCCCAAACCGGUUUAGUGCCGCCGCAUUGUUAUAUUUGGAAAACUAAGAAGAAAAUAUAGAAUCUCAAAAUGAAAAUCGACCUUGUGGUAGAUAAUGGACCGUGCAACACUGAACUGAGGAGUUGGUGCCUCGGAAUAGCGAUCUAUUGGCUCGUUACCAUGACUUUUGGCGUGCUCUUGGCUCCAAAUGUUAUCAACUUUAUUGGAUUUGCCAUCGUAGUUGUCGCCAAUAUUUGUUUGCUGAUCGGAACCCAGAGGGAGAAGCAUGGGCUGGUCUUCGUCUGGCUGAUUUUCGCCGCAAUCGAAGCCAUCAGCUUUCCGUUUGCCGUUUUCGGUGUAAUCUUCCACUACGGAGGCUACCGUGAGGCCGUCGGUACUAGUAGCCUCUUUGGCGCAUUGCUCAUCUACAUCAUUACGCUCUUAAUUGUUGCCUUCUGCACCCGUAUUGUAUACUCAUUCUACCUGCAGCUUAAGAGUCGCGCGGACAGCAAUCCUCCACGCACCACGAAUGUGGUUUAGUGCCUAAACUUUAGUUUAUUUGUUGGGGAAGGCCCACAUUCUACUUAAUCCACCGUUUUGAAUAAAGUUAAUUCUUGCCUUCUGCA